AUGCCUGCACCCAAGACCUACAACCUAGAGCCAACCCCUCUGGUACCCAACUCCCCAUACCCACUGAUCCAUUACCCGCGAUUCUUCGGCAGCGACGGCCGGAAUCUGGACGCGCUCACAGCAUACCGGUCUUUCCUCGUCAACGGCUGGGAGACGCAAUGGAUCGCGCGUUACGGGCCGUCGCAGCGUGCGCAUUACCAUUCCAAGACGCACGAGUGCAUGACCGUGCUCUCCGGUACAGCUACCAUCCGCUUCGGCGCGGCCGAUGCCGAUGACGAUAUGCAGACCAACACGAAUGGCGCGGGGCACGAGGGCGGCGGCGUAGAGAUCCACGCAGAGCCCGGCGAUGUAUUUGUGAUUCCCGCGGGCGUGUCCCAUAAGACGUUCGACGCCAAGCCGGUCGCCGAAUCCGGAUUCCUCAUACCUGGCGACGGGCACAGGACCGCGGGUGGUAAUGUGGAGGAGACGUUGAAAGACGUGAAGUUGAAUGGCUUUACUAUGAUUGGCGCUUAUCAACACGGAGGUGAAUGGGACUUCUCCGUUGGCGGCGAGCACGCUGGGAGGUAUGAGACGGUGUGGUCUGUUCCCAAGCCAGCGCGUGAUCCGGUCUUGGGCGAGGAAAGAGAAGGCCUGAGUGGGCUAUGGAUUUAG